AUGACUGCAUCAAGUGUGCCUGUAAGUUUAGCCCAUAACUGUGUUGGUGUUCCUCAGGCUGAUAGUGUAGAUGGUGGUGGUGGGGGAGACGGAGGUGGAGGUGGUGGGGGUGAAGGUGGAAGUGAUGGAAUAAGUAUAGAAGAAAAACAAGAGGUUACAGCCAACUUGCAGGUCAAAGUCGAUACUCAAGCCUCCCAAACCACCACUGUCAGCGACACUGGCACCGAGACUUCUACCAAGACUACCACCAGCAAGUUAAUUCGCACUACAAAAGUCAAAACAAUAAAAGUUGUCAAGAAAAAGACGACAAGCUCCCUAAUAGCUAAUGCAAUCUCCGAUCUCAACAAUAGGGCUGAAGAACCACUCACUCUAGUAGGAGAUUCACCCAGGAAAAUACCAAUUAAAAAGAGCAGUGAUAUCACUUCGAAGAAAAUCCCCAGUGUCCCAAAGAAAAUAAUUAGGCCUGUCAAGAACCAGGAGCCAUCAGAGGCAAGUUUGGAAUCAACUACAUCGAUGCCACCAGAAAGAGAAGAAGAAUCGAGCAAAACUAAAGAAACAAACAAGAGUGAAAACUCCAGUGAGAUAAAAGAUGUCAAUGAAUGUAAAGAAUGUGCUGUGUCUGAGCUUUCUGUCCAAAAUGAAGAUUCACUAGAAGUGAAUCAUUCGCAGGAAAGAAAAGAUGGUGGCGAAAUACAAACUUGUAGCAAGACUAACGUUAAUGACGUGUGUAAAAUUAAUGUCUUAGCUGUAACUAAUAGCUCAGUUAAAACAGAGGAUAGUUGUCAGUCAGCAGAGCUUCUUGAAACUAAGUUAGCCAUGUCUGAAGAGCCAGUUGAAUCACUUGAUUCUAUCACAUGUAAUGACCAGUUUAAAUCUAGUGAUUCAGUCAGGCCAAAGGACUUGACUGAAACAAAUGGUCCAGUUAAAGCCAAAGAAAGUAUUAAAACUAACGUUGUAGUCAAAACAAAAGUUUCCACAAAAACAAAUGAUUCAGUUAAGUAUAGAGACUCUGCAAAAUCAAAUAAUUCGGUCAUUUCCAAAGGAAAAGUGGAUAAAACUAUUUCAGUUAGAUCUAAAACCAAAAUUGAAAAACUUGAUUCUGUCAAAUCUGAAGAAUCAAAUAAAUUAUAUCAUGCAUCACAGUCUAAAGACUCUGUUGAAGGAAGAGAUUCUGUAAAGUCAACAGACUUGGGUGAAAAAGGUGAUACGGUAAAAUCUGAAGACACAGUUAAAGAAAAUGAUACUGUUAAAGCUGAAGUCUCAGUUGGAACAAACGAUUCAUCAGCAUUAGAAUUUCCCAUUGAAAAAAGUGAUUUGGUUAAAUCAAAAGAAUUAAUUGAAUCAAAUAACUUUAUUAAAGCAAAAGCGGCUACAAAGAAAGACUCCGUCAAUGAUACAGUUACCACAAAAGCAACUACCUCAGAUGAAAUUGUGAGUUCAAUGAAAAUAAAAUCAACAAAACCUAAAAAAUCUACAAAAGUUGUCAAUUCUGUGAAAAGUGGAGACUCUUCAAGUGCUGAAGACACUCCAGAAGUGACAACCACUGUAGAAGCCACUGAAUAUUCUGUGACAUUAGAUAGUGUCAAGGUUGAUGAUUUAGUUGCAGUGAAAGAUGUAAAAAAUAACAUAGAUUCGGACACAGCAAUUGAAAAUUGUGAUACGAAAAAGGAAGUAGUGAAUGAUAUUUCUAGUUUGGAUGAAGAAUCUAAUUUGACCACCACUAAUAAUGAAAAACCAAAAUUUGUUGAUGCUGAUUCUCUGUUGGAACCUGAACUGGACAAUGUGAGCAUGUUUGUAAUUGUACGUGAUAUGAGUAGUCUAACAUCAACUGUAAAUAAGGUGACGUUAGUUACCUCGACUACAUCAACAUGUGGUGAAUUGAUGCAGGAGGUUGGCCGACGUUUCAAAUAUGAACCUGACUCCUUUUCACUGGUUCUACAGUGCUCUGAUGGGGAUCAGGUAGAAGUAGACAAAAUGGAACCGGAACGUACAUUGUCCCACGCUCGGUUUCAAGUUAAAGGUACACCACGGAACAGUCUCAUUCUCUGUGAUCUUGGUGGUAAUCCUCCACGACGAACAGAUGAGGAUGAUCUUAGCCUUGGGGCCUCAGCAUCUCCCACAGCUAAUACUACAGAGAGAAAGUGGUUUGACCGAAGUAGUAAUUAUGACAACACUCCAGAGUAUUCUUACUCUUCUGCAUUGAUUAAACAUGAAACAGGCAGCCAACAGCGGCAACCUGGUUGUACAGACAAUCAAAAGAAAGAGUCUGGCCCCAGACCAGGCUGCGAGGGUAGAAAAACUCUAGAAACUGGUCACAGGCAUAUCACUGGUUAUGUGGGUCUGGUGAACCAAGCCAUGACUUGUUACCUCAACAGUCUCCUGCAGACACUCUACAUGACCCCGGAGUUCCGUAAUGCAAUUUAUCAGUGGGAGUUUAAAGGUUCUGAGGAAGAAGCUUCCAAAAAUAUUCCUUGUCAAAUACAAAGACUUUUUCUACUGUUGCAGACAACAAAUAAGAGUGCAGUGGAAACGACCAAUCUUACCAGGAGUUUUGGCUGGGAUAGUAGCGAGGCAUGGCAGCAGCAUGACAUUCAAGAGUUGUGCAGAGUGAUGUUUGAUGCCCUUGAACAGUGCUUCAAAAAUACCCAUCAGUCCGACCUCAUCAAUAAUCUUUAUGAAGGUAAAAUGAAGGACUAUGUUAAGUGCCUACAGUGUGGCACUGAGGGCGCCAGAGAAGACACCUACUUAGAUAUUCCUCUUCCUAUUAGACCAUUCGGCUCCAGUUCAGCAUACAAGUGUGUGGAAGAAGCUCUAAGGGCUUUUGUGGAGCCUGAGUUGCUCACAGGGAAUAACAAAUACAAAUGCUCAAAGUGUGAUUCUCUGUGUGAUGCUCACAAAGGUCUCAAGUUUACCCGCUUCCCGUACCUGCUUACUAUACACCUCAUGCGGUUUGACUUCGACUACCAGACAUUGCAUAGAAUAAAGCUCAAUGAUAAAGUCACAUUCCCAAACAUCCUGGACUUGAAUUAUUUCAUUGAGAAUCCAAAUAAAGAAGAUGGAUGUGCAUCCACUACUGCUGUCACCCCAGAUAAACUUUCAGCAGACAAGGUUGAUGAUGUAUCCACUACUGACUCAGGCUCAGCACUUGAUGUAGAAGACAGUUCUGUUGAAAACACUUCAAAUUCCCAGCCUGAGUCUGAUAAUCAGGAUGAAGAUGAAGGAAUAGACGUGAGCAGUAUGUAUAAUGAGAAGAACAAGACUUGGCUGACAAAUGGCCCAUAUGUCUUUGAGCUCUUCUCAAUUAUGAUCCACUCUGGCAGUGCUUCAGGUGGCCAUUAUUAUGCUUACAUUAAGGACUUUGCAACAGGAGAAUGGUUCUGCUUCAAUGACCAAAGUGUGACCAAGAUAACUUAUGAUGACAUCAGAAAAACAUAUGGUGGUAACACUUCAAGAGGGGGUUACUACUCCAGCUGGAGCUCCAGUGCUAAUGCGUAUAUGCUCAUGUACAGACAAAUUGCUAAGGAGAAGAAUGUCGAUGCCUUUACCCGGGAGCAGCUCCCACAACAUAUUAAGGACUUAGUACAAAGAAUGACAGAAGAAGAAGCAGCAGAAAGAGAACAGCGAGAGAUUGAGCGGUGCACUUGUCGCAUUAAGUUAUUUUGCCAGCCUACCGGCCAGAGUCAGAUAGAGAAGAAACUCAGAAUUCAUAAAGACUCCACACUCAGGGAAACCACUAAAUUAGCCCACAAGGAGCUAGGAUUAGAAAAUGUUGUUCCUCUAGAGAGAUGUCGCCUUGUUAAGUAUGAGGAAUUUCAUGACAGUUUAGAAUGUUCAUUUGAGGGUCAAGAAGAUGAUCUCAUAUCUGAAGUUCUAGGUGGUGUCAGGAGUUCAUACAAAUUUGAUCUUUUGAUGGAAAUUCGUGAUGAAGACAAGACAUUUGAAGUUUAUAAACCUGGAGGUACAACUAUAAAGGCCCAUGUAGUGAAUUUAGAAACUGAGGAAGUAGAGGGACCAUAUAACUUAAGAGGGAGCCUCGUCAUGACAGUACGUGAGCUGAAGGAGCUACUUGGUCGUUCACUGAACCUGAAUCCAGACACAAUGAGAAUUGUGUUAGAACGUUACUACAAUGAUCUGAGACCACUGAUAUCAGACACCAAUACACUAACAAUGGAAGGUUUCUACAGAUCAAACAAGGUGUAUGUAGAGUCAUCUGCCAAUGAGCCUACUGACUUCUUUAUUGGAUCAUGUAUGUACAGCAUCCUCGACCGCUAUGAGAACACUAUCACACUCUACUGCCCUCUCCCAGACACUAGUAAAGAGGCCUUAGAAGAACUUCAGAUUCCACCAUACAAAGAAGAAGAGAUAGAAACAUCGCUAGGUGAAAACAGCAACACUAGUGGUAGUUGUAGCGGUGUUGCAUCCAUGUCCUGUUCUGCCUCUCCAGCUGAUAGUGCUGCCAGUCCUGCCAGCUGCUCCAGCAAGGACAGUGGGGUUAGUGCUUCUCUCACUCUUACCAUUAUCCCUCCAAAUGGGGUGCCUUUCUGCUUACGAAGUGCUCUUAAUUCAGGGAAUUAGUUUCCCCUUCUCCCU